AUGGCACCUCCCCUUGUUUACCUGCUUUCUCUCACCGACACUGGUGCCCCUGAUAUUGCUGGCGAUCAUAUCAGUCUUCCUCCCCCACUGGAGCCUUACACUUUGAGAAUUGCUAUUGAAGGUGCGAGCCCCAUAACUCGCAAUGGGAGUCUGUGGACCAAUGUCCCCGUCAGGGGUGAAAAGUUUGAAAGAAAGAAAUUUAGAGAAUUCAAACUCCAACCCUUCUUUUCUCGAACCCUUCACAUUGAUAUGCCCAUUGCUUUACCGGGUACCUUUUGCUAUUACAUCACCUAUAAUCCUCUCCCAUCUCUGAAGGAACGAUCGGAACCAACGAAGCCAUCCGGGGCUGCGAAAACCGGCACUCACUGGUUUACCGUUGCUGCACGCCUCUCCGUAAACAGUGAACCUCUGGCUCUCGACUCCCUAUCCUGCUUCUCGGUAGUCUCGAAAUGGCUCGGCCCUGUUGAGAAAUGGGAUGGGUACAUGAAAUAUAUCGCUGAAAAGGGGUAUAACAUGGUUCAUUUUACUCCAAUGAUGCACCGUGGGGAAUCAAAUUCGCCGUACAGUAUAUAUGAUCAGCUUGCAUUCGAUCCGGAAGCAUUCCCGAACGGUACCGAGGACGUAGUUUCGAUUGUUGAUCAGAUGGAGAAGCGGCAUGGCCUGCUCAGCCUGACUGAUGUCGUCUGGAAUCACACCGCUCAUAAUUCUCUUUGGCUGCAGAGCCAUCCGGAAGCUGGUUACAAUUUGGUCACUGCCCCUUGGCUCGAAGCGGCGUACGAACUUGACACCGCUCUGUUGGAAUUUGGUAAUCACCUUGAAGCGUUGGGGUUUCCUGCAGAACUUGAGACAAAGGGGGAUCUACUGAAGCUUAUGGACGGUGUGAAAACUCAUGUUAUCGGGGCGCUUAGGCUUUGGGAAUUCUACGUUGUCAAUGUGGAGGCCGCCACGGAUGCUGUCAUUGAGGCAUACAUUUUGGGGAGGAGCGGUUCAAAGCGUAUUGAUACGGCUGAAUACAGGUCGGGGUUGUCCUUGUACGACAAAGCGCAGUUUCUUAUCAAAAAUGGGCUCAAGGGAGCGGAUUCACUUGGGUCGCGUUACAGCCGGACAAUUGACCCCGAGAUAGGUGCGGCUUUCCUCACUUUGGAAUGCGGUAAACCGGACCCCAAAAAUGUGGAGCAGGUUGAGGAAGCGAAGAAGGCCCUUAUCUACAAUCGCAUCACUUACCUCCGACUAGACUCUAACGGCCCCAAGAUGGGCAAGAUAACCAGGGAGAGCCCAAUCAUCGAAACUUACUUUACCCGACUACCAAAGAACGAGAUAACCGCGAAGCACGACCCCAAGAGUCUGGCACUGGCCAACAAUGGGUGGAUUUGGAGCAACGUUGCGGACUUUGCUGGCCCGAAAUCACGAUCUUACCUGCGAAGAGAAGUCAUUGUGUGGGGCGACUGUGUGAAGUUAAGGUUUGGUGAUAAGCCGGAAGACAAUCCGUUCUUAUGGCAGUUUAUGGUUGACUAUACUAAACUUAUGGCACGGUGUUUCCAUGGUUUCCGUAUCGAUAACUGUCAUUCUACUCCCAUCCACGUCGGUCAAUACCUUCUCGAUGUCGCGAGAGAGGUGCGGGAAGACCUAUACGUUGUCGCCGAGCUUUUCACCGGGAGUGAAUACGAGGAUAGGCGAUUUGUUGAGCACCUAGGGCUCGGGAGUCUUGUUCGUGAAGCAAUGGUUGCAUGGGGUCCGGGGGAACUCUCAAGGCUUGUGCAUAGACAUGGUGGAAAGCCAAUCGGAAGCUUUAGGCAGGAGCUUGUGGUCAGAGCUGUUACGGCGAGUCCGAUUCACGCCCUUUUCAUGGACUGCACUCACGAUAAUGAAACACCCACCCAGAAGAGAACUCCUCAGGACACGCUUCCGAACGGUGCUUUGGUUGCAAUGUGCGACUGCGGUAUUGGUUCUGUGAUGGGUUAUGACGAGAUUUAUCCGAAGUUACUCAAUCUAGUCACAGAGCCAAGAAUAUAUUAUCCACCACCGGAAAAAAUUGAUGAAACAACUCCCGGUAUUGGUAAAGUCAAGAGUCUUCUCAAUCGAAUCCACACCGAGAUGGGGAAAGAUGGGUUCACGGAGAUGCAUGUUCAUCACGAGGGAGAAUAUGUCACGGUCCACAGAGUACAUCCUAAGAGUCACAAGGGCUACUUUUUAAUUGCGCAUACCGCGUUUGGCCCCGGAGAUCACAGAGGCGACUUUAACCCGAUCACUGUUACGGGAACUAAAGCUAAGGUUAUUGGAAGCUGGACUUUAGUGGCGGAUGGCAGCGAAGAAGGGAAGGUGAAAGUUCUCAACCAUCCCGACUAUCUUACCGGAUUACCAGCCAAGCUUGCGGAGGUGGGGAGCCCGAAGAUUGAGGGCAACGGAAAUACAACCACAAUUACCGUACCAGAAAAUUUCCCACCCGGGAGUAUCGCUUUGCUCGAAACCUGGAUUCCCGGAACCGAUGGAGAAUCGUUGGCUCGGUUUGUCACCAGCGGUGCUGAGGAGGCAUUUGCCAACACAAGCUUGGUGGACUUGAACUUUGUACUCUAUCGCUGUGAGUCGGAGGAAAAGGAUUCAAGCGAUAACCAAGAUGGAUGCUACAAUAUCCCUGGAUACGGAGCUUUGGUCUACGCAGGACUUCAGGGGUGGUGGUCGGUGUUGAAGGAAGUUAUCCGGAACAAUGAUCUUGCACAUCCUAUUUGUCAACAUCUUAGAGACGGCCAAUGGGCACUCGACUACAUUGUGGGUAGGUUGGAAAAACUUGAAGCUCGCGGUAACAAGGGUCUUGCGGGACCGGCGAAGUGGUUGAAAGAAAGAUUUGACCGAAUUAGAUCUGUUCCGGGCUUCUUGUUGCCGAGAUACUUUGCGUUGGUUGUGCAAACGGCAUAUACCGCUGCUGUUGAUAGGGCUACAAGUUUUUUCACUGAGGAUAUCCAGGAGGGGACGGCAUUCUUGAAGGGGUUGUCACUCGUAUCGUUGCAAAUGACUGGUCUCAUGAAUUCUACUUCUCUAUGGCCUGGUAAGAAGGUUGCUUGCAUGGCCGCCGGGCUACCACAUUUUUCAUAUGAUUACAUGCGUUGCUGGGGACGGGAUGUUUUCAUAUCCAUCCGUGGUCUCUUUCUGGCAACUGGGAGGUAUGAAGACGCGAAGGAGCACAUUCUGGCUUUCGGAUCGGUUCUCAAGCAUGGAAUGAUUCCCAACCUCCUAGAUGGUGGGAGGAAACCUAGGUACAACGCUCGCGAUAGCAUAUGGUUCUAUCUUCAGGCUGUUCAAGAUUACACCAAAAUUGUUCCCAACGGAAUUGAGCUGCUGCAGGAGAGGGUCAAACGCCGAUUCCUCCCGUUCGACGAUACCUGGUUCAAUUAUGAUGACCCGCGGGCGUAUACCCGGGAGAGCACUAUUGCUGAGAUCAUCCACGAGGCGCUGGAGAGACACGCCUUGGGUUUUGAGUUCCUGGAAGCGAAUGCCGGGCCGGGUUUGGAUAGUCAAAUGAAAUGGGAAGGUUUUACCGUUAGUGUCAAACCGGAUUGGACGACUGGAAUAAUCAAAGGGGGAAGCCAAUUCAACUGCGGAACGUGGAUGGACAAGAUGGGGGAGAGCGAGAGGGCCGGCAAUAAAGGAGUUCCAGGAACCCCUCGUGACGGAGCGGCGAUUGAAAUCACGGGGCUAUUGUAUAGCACACUGAAGUGGGUAACAGAGUUGGGGAAGAAGGGGCUAUACGAAUGGGAUAGUGUGAAGACUAGCGAAGGAAGGGUCGUUACCUUUGCCGUGUGGGCAGACCUGCUUAAGAAGAACUUUGAAAAGCUCUACUUUGUCCCAGAAGAUCCGGCGGAAGAUUCCAAAUAUUCUAUUAAGCCUGAACUCGUCGAGAGGCGUGGGAUCUAUAAGGAUCUCUACGGCGGAGGGAAAGAGUAUGAGGACUACCAAUUGAGACCCAACUUUGCGGUUGCAAUGACGGUAGCGCCGGACCUCUUUGUGCCCCAACAUGCGAUUGGAUGUCUUGAGAUAGCCGAUGAGGUUCUCCGAGGGCCAACUGGGAUGGCUACACUUGACCCCAUAAACAAAGACUAUCGCCCCUAUUACCGCAACAGUGAGGACAGCGAUGAUUUCGCUACCUCUAAGGGUCGUAACUACCACCAGGGCCCAGAGUGGUUGUGGCCAACGGGUUUCUACCUUAGGGCAUUUCUCACCUUCAACCCGCCCAACAUCGAAACGCUCCAGCAGAUCAACCUCCGCAUGGACGGAUGCCGCAAGGCUAUCAACGAGAGCCCUUGGGCUGGCCUGACGGAGUUAACGAACAAAAAUGGUGAGGUCUGUUAUGACUCUAGUCCUACACAAGCCUGGAGUGCUAGCUGCCUCAUUGACUUAUACUACGACGCCGCGAAGAUAAAGUUGUAGUUUGGGGGGGGGGCUGGCAGAUAGAUUGUUUCUGGUAUUUUAAUUGUUAUGUCUUUUCACUAGCUUAGCUUAAUCUAAAGUCUAUCAUACCUUUUUU